AUGAUCUUACCUAUCAACAUAGUAAAUGCAGAAUUGUUGAUAAGUUAUUAUGCAUAUCCUUGGGUGGAUGGUCGAGGUGUUUAUACACAUGGACUUUAUGACCUGAAUCCCUGGAUUCUUGCAUGGAGUGAAGACCGCUUUGUAAACAGAAAGAAAAUAGCUGUUAUAGGUGCCGGGGUAUCUGGGCUUUGUGCGCUCAAACAUUUGACAGAAAACUUGGAGGAUUUUGGAAGACGGUGCUUACGGCGUUGUGGACAGCUGUUUCGAAGUAGACGAAUACAGUUGAUGGCAUCAUGGAUGUCGUCCGACUCCUACUAUGGUGUUGUUGCGGGUAUUGGCAGUAGCAAGACAGGUGCUGAUAGUACAUCACCAUAUAACACCAACACCAGCCUUCUGUAUACAGUAUUAAUUUCCUCAAGUAACUACUCGAAGUGUCAUAUUCCCAAUGUGAAGGGGAUCGAAAAUUUUACUGGGCAUGUGAUUCACAGCAGGGAUUACAGGACGCCGGAGGUUUACCAGAGACAGAGAGUACUGAUUCUUGGAGCGUCAUUCUCCGGUCUGGACAUAACGUUCGAUUUAUCAAAAAAUGCUGCACAGAUUUACAUCGGACAUAGGAAAGAUAAAAUGCAAAUUAAGUUACCAGCAAACGUAUCAGAACGUCCGGAUGCGAGUCAUCUAGAUGUUGGAAUCAAGGUCGUAUUUUUAGAUGGAUCCGAAACGGAGGUUGACAGUAUCAUAUUCUGCACAGGUUACAGUUAUGAUUUCCCAUUUCUGGCUGAUGACACCAUACAAGUAAAGGAUGAAAGGAUUAAACCCCUGUAUAAGCAUUUAGUACAUAUCAAAUACCAUAAUCUAUUCUUCGUAGGAAUUACGCGUCAUGUGAGCUACUUUAUGCAGGCACACGAACAAGCCAAGGCGGCAGUUGCUAUUCUGAAAGGUGGAAUCCAAUUACCAUCGGAACAGGCGAUGUUGGAAGACGCCGAGCGAGAAUUCCAACAGAAGAGACAAGAUUACGGCAUGUCCCAUUUACAUGCGCAUUACUUGGGAAUGGGUGAUCUGGAGUGGAAAUUGAACAAAGAUCAUGCAGAAUUAUGUGGUUUUGAACCAUUACCCCCAGUUUUGAAAAGCAUAAUGGAACAUGUUAAAGAAUCUAGAUCUGCUGAUUUUUGUAACUUCCGCAAGAAAAAUUAUUUUUUCAAAGAUGCUCAACACUUCGGUGUCAUUGAUUGA